CGGUCGAACCCUAAGUUCGACCUGGUUAUUCAUUCAAGUCUCUGCUCCUCUUCGCUUGGGGUAGUGGUCAUUCUCGACUUCCUCGCUCGAUCUUUAGGACGACGUACUGUCCAUAAGUCCUCGCUCGUCGUCUACGAGUCAGGCAUCGAUAUAGGAUCAACCCAGUUCCUUUGGGACUACCAGCCCUCGCAGGAUCACCGCUCCUCCUGUACGACCGAGCAGAUCGCUGCUUUGUCACCUCCACAAAAAGAGCUCCCAUCUACCCUCGAGGCGGCACCUGGUGUCGUGCAACCGGUCCAAACCCGCAGGUCGUCGCCCAUCAAGAACUCGUUAGCUACUACCAGAGACACCCACCCGCUCACCCAGAAGAUGUAUUCACCACCCUACGGAUCGACGUCGAACCUACACAAACAGCAGAAAGCGUGCAGUCACCCAUCAACGAACAACCACUCGAACUCCCUGAAGUUCAACAUCGAACUACCACCAGCCCCACCCGCACCAACCAACGCACCGGUUGAAGUCCCUAUGGCAACAUUCACUCAAGCAGACAUCGAUCAGCGCAUCGCUGUCGCCCUCGCAGCAUACCAAUCCCAGCAGUCAACGGCCAACCGACCCCUUUGCCUCGACAUCCCUGCUCCUGAACUCUUCAGCAGAAAGGCAGAGGACCUCAGAUGCUUCAUCCAAUGCGUCCUCUCCUACUUUGUCACCACCAACAACACCCGACUCAGCGAUGAAGCAAAGAUCGCCUUCACUGUAGCGCUGAUGAGGAAGGAUCUGGGGAAAACAUGGGCGGACGCGUAUUACGAAAAGUCAGCAGGGGGAGUCCAGGUCUAUUCCACUUGGGCAGACUUCGUUGCCGCUCUAGAAGAGGCGUUCCCUGAGCACGGAACGCGAAUCAAGGCACAUCAAAUCCUGAUGAAACUGCCUGAACGACAGAAGGAUAGGAAGACGGCGCUCUCCCUCGGUAACUAUGUCACCCGCUUCGAGCAGCUAGCAUCAAAGGCUCAGCUCAAGGACACCGAGGUCAAUGGCACCAACCGUGUCGAGAACGACUACCACACUCUCCAUGCCAACUUCGUCAAAGGACUCCCGAAGGAGCUGUAUUUUGCGCUCGCAACAAGGGUCGCUAGGGAUCGACCCAACACCAUGAAGGCCUGGUACGACGAAGUCCGAAACGCCGACGCAGCCAAGCAGGGGGCUCUCAUCGUCACAGACACCAGGGACUAUGGCGAACCAAUGGAUAUCGACGCCGCUGCCGUCACAUCAACCUUCGCCUCCACAUCAGGAGGAAGGAAAUGGGAACUAGGAGCCAUUCUCAACGAGGCCGAUCGGAAGCUCCACAGGGAUGGGAACCUGUGCUUCUACUGCCACAUCAAGGGCCACAGUGCCAAGGAUUGCCACAAGAAAGUGGCCGCACGACAAGGGGGUGGGAGGCCGAACCAGGGAGGAUCGGGGAAGGACGACUUCCACGCCAGAAUCAAGACACUCUCAGCUGACGAGAAGCAGGAGCUGUACGAAGAACUUACGAUGGAGGAUUUUUGA